UAAAGGUUACUUCAGUGAUCGGGAGUUGUACCGGGGGAAGAACUACUUGGUUUUUCGGUGAAGGAAUUUUUUUUAAUUGCCAUGGCUUCCUCAAUGAAAAAAGUACUCAGCACAGAAAAGGCACCACAAGCCAUCGGCCCCUACAGCCAAGGUUUAUUGAUCGACCGGACCCUGUAUGUCUCUGGACAGGUUGGUAGGGAUCCUACGAGUGGAAAGCUUGUAUCAGGAGGCCUGGCAGAAGAAUUUAAGCAGGCUCUUGUAAAUGUGGGAGAAAUUCUCAAAGCUGGAGGCUGUGACUUCAGUAAUGUGGUAAAGACUACUGUUCUACUGGCCAACAUAAACGACUUCAAUCUUUUUAAUGAUGUCUACAAGCAAUUUUUCAAAGGUUGUUUUCCAGCCAGAUCUGCUUACCAAGUUGCUGCUUUGCCUCUCGGAGCUCGUGUGGAAAUUGAAAUGAUAGCUGUGCAGGGGCCACUCACCUGCAUCUGAUUAUGAAAAGUGUUCUGGCAGCAGCAUGUUAGACUGAACAUGCUGCUUCAUGAUUCUUCAUCUUCUCAUUUUAGCAGCUUUUAUUGAAAAUCCUUAACUUUAAGCAAAAUAGCAUUUCAGUGACUAAAUUUAGAAGCUGUUCCAAGUUAGGGGAAAAAACAAAAUUAAAGUGUUAUCACCACUUUGAAUUGGAAAACAGACCCUCAUUGUAUAAUAGCAGAGCCAAACAGAACUAAGGAAUCAUCCUUCAAAGAUAUUUCAGAU